CUGCCGUAUGCAGGUGGGAAAGAUUAAAAUUUGGCUGUAAACAGAACACUCAGAACAGAGAAUUCAGAAUGGCUUCAAGUUCAAGACGACCUAAGUUGAUAGUACUUGAUUUAGACUGGACCUUGUGGCCGUUUCAUGUUGAAAUGGAUGUCGACCCCCCAUUUAAGAAAAAUAAGCAUGGGAAAGUUGUUGAUCGGCGAGGCGAAGAAAUUAAACACUUUCCCGAAGUGCCAACGCUUCUGGAGAGACUUGUGGCUGAUGGCUUUGAGAUAGCAGCCGCUUCCAGGACACACGAGGUUGAGGGUGCGAAACAGCUCUUGCAGCUUUUUGGAUGGGAUCAUUACUUCUCUUAUAAAGAAAUAUACCCAGGAUGCAAAAUAACCCAUUUUGGAAUGCUCAAGGAAAAGUCUGGAUAUGACUACAGUGAAAUGCUCUUCUUUGAUGACGAUUAUUAUCUAAAUAUUAAGGAUAGUAUUUCUAUUGGAGUAACUUCGGUUUUGGUAAAAAGAGGAUUUAGUGAGAAACACGUAGAAGAAGGCCUGAAGAAAUAUGCCGAAGGCAAGAUUCAUUGACAUUCCUCAAUCCUGGGACUUAAUGUUACAUUGGAAUUUGGUUAAUAUUUAUUGUCAUAUAUUUAAAAUAAAAUUAUGGAAUUAAUAAUUCCAUUUAUUUUGUGGG